UCAGCAUGAAGCCUCUCCUCCUCUUGACACUGCUCGGAUGUCUUGCCGCUGCGCUCGCGGUUCCUGCUCAGAAGGUGAAAUGGUGCGUAAAGUCGGACCAAGAAUUCAGAAAAUGUUCAGAUCUGGCAGCGGCAUCUCCCGCCUUCUCCUGCGUGAAGAAAGAAAGCACCCUUGACUGUAUCAUUGCAAUCAAGGCUGGUGAAGCAGAUGCCAUCACUGUGGAUGGAGGAGACGUUUACACUGCUGGUCUUAACAACUAUGACCUGCACCCCAUCAUUGCUGAAGACUACGGCACCUCAUCAGAAACCUGUUACUACGCUGUUGCUGUUGCCAAGAAGGGAACCACAUUUGGCAUCAGAGAUCUCAGAGGGAAGAAAUCGUGCCACACAGGAUUGGGGAAAUCUGCAGGCUGGAACAUUCCCAUUGGGACUUUGGUGUCCAUGGACAUCAUUCAGUGGGCAGGCGUUGAGGAUAAACCAGUGGAAGAGGAGGUGAGCACCUUCUUUCAGGCCAGCUGUGUCCCAGGGGCAACAAGGGGUUCCAAGCUUUGUGAGCUCUGCAAAGGAGACUGUUCAAGAUCCCAGAAGGAGCCUUACUAUGACUACAAUGGAGCCUUCAACUGUCUGGCUGAAGGUGCCGGGGAUGUGGCUUUUGUGAAACAUCUCACCGUACCUGAUCAAGAGAAGUCCAAAUAUGAGCUCCUGUGCCGGGAUAACACCAGAGCCCCAAUUGAUGACUACAAGAAAUGCAACUUGGCCAGAGUUCCAGCUCAUGCUAUUGUCACCCGCAAGGACCCACAGUUGGCUGAAUUGAUCUGGACAAGCCUCAACUCAGUGCAGAACUUCAACCUCUUCUCCUCUGAAGCUUAUGCUCCUUCAAAGAAUCUGAUGUUCAAGGAUUCAACCCAGAGGCUGGUGAAGCUGCCACAAAACACAGACUCCUUCCUGUACCUGGGUGCUCAGUACAUGAGCAUUGUCCGUUCUCUCAAAAAAGAGCAGACCGUCGGCACAAACUCCAAUGCCAUUAAAUGGUGUGCCGUGGGCCACGCUGAAACUGCAAAGUGUGACACCUGGAGCAUCAACAGUGUGACUGAUGACACAGCCGCCAUCGAAUGCCAAAAUGCCCCUUCAGUUGAAGAAUGCUUAAAGAAAAUUAUGCGCAAAGAAGCAGAUGCAAUGGCAGUGGAUGGAGGAGAGGUGUACACAGCUGGAAAGUGUGGUCUGGUUCCAGCCAUGGUGGAGCAGUACGAUGCAGAGUUGUGCAGCUCCUCUGGAGGCCAAGCUUCUUCAUACUAUGCUGUGGCUGUGGUUAAGAAAGACUCUGGAGUGACAUGGGAAAACCUUAAAGGAAAGAAGUCUUGCCACACUGGCAUUGGCAGAACUGCUGGGUGGAACAUCCCCAUGGGCCGCAUCUAUGAUCAGACUAAAGACUGCGAUUUCACUAAGUUCUUCCCCAGUGGCUGUGCCCCGGAGCCGAAGCCAGCUCUUCAUUCUGCACUCUGUGUAAAGGCAGCGGCAAAGCUGUCAGAUGAGGCCAAGUGCAAAGCCAGGCCCGAAGAGCAGUACUACGGUUAUGCUGGAGCCUUUAGGUGCCUGGCUGAGGGAGCAGGGGAUGUUGCCUUCAUCAAGCACACGAUUGUUGGUGAAAACACCGACGGUAACGGUCCUGAUUGGGCUCGCAGUCUGAAAUCUGAUGACUACCAGCUGAUCUGCCCUGGAAAGGGUCCAGUGCCAAUCUCUGAAUAUGCCAGUUGUAAUUUGGCGGUUGUGCCAGCACACGCAGUAGUGACUCGUCCAGAGAGCCGCAGUGACGUUGUGCGCGUCCUCCAGGUUCAACAGACCUUCUUUGGAGCCAGUGGAAGCGAUCCUUCAUUCAAGCUCUUCCAAUCCCAGAAUGGAAACAACCUCCUGUUCAAGGACUCUACCAAGUGUCUCCAGGAGGUUCCUGCUGGAACAAGCUAUGAUCAGUUUUUGGGAUCUGGGUACAUGGAGGCCAUGACCUCCCUCAGAAAAUGCAGUGACACAGCUUCAGAUCUGGAGAAAUCUUGCACUUUCCACUCUUGUCAGCAGACCUAAAGGCAGUGGGAACGGUGCAGACGCUCAGCUGGAUUUAAGUGAUUUAAAUACUUACCGACACUUCCAACACUACAACUUAAUCAAAUUAAGGUUUUGUGCUACAACUGGAUCCAUUUUCAUGAAUGCAGACGACAUAGAUAGACCACAUUCUUCAAAUCAAUAUAGCUAUUCCCUCUGCAUGCAGUUACUCUAAUGCUGCUUGAAACAAAAAUUUUCACUUUCCCAAUGAGAUCAACCUGUGUACUAAAGAAAUGUAACAUUCAUCAAAUAAAAG